CCUCUGCGGGCCGCGCGCGAUCGCCCCUGAGCGCUCGCCUCCCGGUAGGCCCGGUCCGAGGUCUGACAGUCAGUGACAGAGCCGGGCGCCCGCGGCCCGAGCGCCCCCGGCGGCACCAUGCCUGCGCUCCUGGAGCGCCCCAAGCUUUCCAACGCCAUGGCCCGGGCGUUGCACCGACACAUCAUGAUGGAGCGGGAGCGCAAACGGCAAGAAGAGGAAGAGGUGGACAAGAUGAUGGAACAGAAGAUGAAGGAAGAGCAGGAGAGGAGAAAGAAAAAGGAGAUGGAAGAGAGAAUGUCUCUAGAGGAGACCAAGGAGCAAAUCCUGAAGCUGCAGGAGAAGCUGUUGGCCCUUCAGGAAGAGAAGCACCAGCUCUUCCUGCAGCUCAAGAAAGUUCUGCACGAGGAAGAGAAACGGAGGCGCAAGGAGCAGAGUGACCUGACCACUCUGACGUCAGCCGCGUACCAGCAGAGCCUGACCGUCCACACGGGAACGCACCUCCUCAGCAUGCAGGGGAGCCCUGGAGGACACAAUCGCCCAGGCACCCUCAUGGCCGCUGAUAGGGCCAAGCAGAUGUUCGGACCCCAAGUGCUUACAACUCGGCACUACGUGGGCUCGGCAGCGGCCUUCGCAGGGACCCCGGAGCAUGGUCAAUUCCAAGGCAGCCCUGGCGGUGCCUACGGGACUGCUCAGCCCCCGCCUCACUACGGACCCACGCAGCCAGCCUACAGUCCUAGUCAGCAGCUCAGAGCACCUUCGGCGUUCCCGGCAGUGCAGUACCUGUCGCAGCCGCAGCCGCAGCCCUAUGCCGUGCACGGCCACUUCCAGCCCACCCAGACAGGGUUCCUCCAGCCGGGUGGCGCCCUGUCCUUGCAGAAGCAAAUGGAACAUGCCACCCCGCAGACCGGCUUCUCGGACUCUUCCUCCCUGCGCCCCAUGCACCCCCAAGCCCUGCAUCCAGCCCCUGGACUGCUGGCCUCUCCCCAGCUCCCUGUACAGAUGCAACAAGCAGGAAAGUCGGGCUUUGCAGCUACCAGCCAGCCUGGCCCCCGGCUCCCCUUCAUCCAGCACAGCCAGAAUCCACGGUUCUACCACAAGUGACCCUCGAGAUUUUAUCUCCAGCCUCCCCCCUCCCCUGCUAUGGGUGAGGGUCCUGGUUGGGUCCCGGUCCAAUAAAAUCUACCUGCCCAUGUCGCCA